AUGGCCAAGAAGAGCAAGCUUCUCACUGCGCUAGAUGCGUACAAGGGACGAGACUAUGAGGCCGAGAAGAGAAAAGCGCAGGCAAAAGAGGCCGAGAAGCGGAAGCGACAGAAGGGCGCAAAGGCAAAAGUAGAAGGAAACGAUGAGGCUGACGACGCCGGCAAAGAAACCUCAAUUACCACGGGCGAUGCAGUCCACGAGACAGCUGAGACGGGAAGCGACUUUGCAAACUUUUCCGACAAUGGAGAAGAAGAAUCUGAAUCCGACAAUGACAACGACAAAACGAACGACCAGACCGCCGCCUCCUCCAAUGGCACGAUACCACAGCCGCAUCAGCCAGCAGACGCGUCUGCGUCGGAAGCGGAAAACGAGUCGGACGUGCCGCUGUCGGAUCUCGACGACGAAGACCUCGAAGACACGAUCCCGCAUCAGCGACUGACCAUCAACAACGGCCCGGCGCUGAUUGCGGCCAGGAACCGAAUCGCCCUGGUCAAGUCGUCCAAGACCCCCUUCCAUCUUCACAACUCGCUUGUUUCCUCGCUGCCGCCGGCCUCCGAGUCGAUCCCGGACCCGAACGACGAUCUGACGAGAGAGCUGGAAUUCUACCGGAUCGCUCGAGAGGGCGCGAUCGCAGGGCGUGCGCUGCUGAAGAAGGAAAAGGUCCCGUUCUCCAGACCGCCCGACUAUUUCGCCGAGAUGGUUAAGAGUGAUGAGCACAUGGGCAAGAUCAAGAAGAAGAUGUACGACGACGCCGCGGCGAAGAAGGCCGCAGAGGAGGCCAGGAAACUGCGCGAUGCAAAGAAGUUCGGCAAGGCUGUGCAGGUGGCCAAGGAGCAAGAGAGGGCAAAGGAGAAGAGAAGCACGCUGGACAAGAUCAAGGAGUUGAAGAGAAAACGCAAGGGCCAGGACAGUGGCAACAUCACUGAAAAAGAUAACGACAUCUUCCAGAGCAUUGACGUUGAAGCCGGUCCUUCCAAAGACAGUACCGGCCGAGAACGAGGGCCAGGACCUAAUGUCAAGAGACAGAAGCGGGACCAGAAAUAUGGGUUUGGCGGAAAGAAACGCUUCUCGAAAAGCGGUGACGCUGCUAGCAGUGCCGAUAUUCGCGGCUUCUCGGCGGCCAAGAUGAAGGGCAAAGGAAAACCUCAGAGGCCGGGGAAGAGCAGGAGAGCAGCGACCAGGUGA